AUGAGCGGGAGGUGCAGCGUAUCAGCGGGAGGCGGUGCAGCGUAUGAGCGUGCAACCCUCACGUGCAACCGUCUCGUGCACCCCUCGCGUGCACCCCUCGCGUGCACUUCUCGCGUGCACCCCUCGCGUGCACCCUCGCGUGCACCCCUCGCGUGCACCCCUCGCGUGCAACCCUCGCGUGCACCCCUCGCCUGCACCCCUCGCGUGCACCCCUCGCGUGCACCCCUCGCGUGCACCCCUCGCGUGCAACCCUCGCGUGCACCCCUCGCGUGCACCCCUCGCGUGCACCCCUCGCGUGCACCCCUCGCGUGCACCCCUCGCGUGCACCCCUCGCGUGCACCCCUCGCGUGCACCCCUCGCGUGCACCCCUCGCGUGCACCCCUCUCGUGCAACCCUCGCGUGCACCCCUCUCGUGCAACCCUCGCGUGCACCCCUCGCGUGCACCCCUCGAGUGCAACCCUCGCGUGCACCCCUCGCGUGCACCCCUCGCGUGCACCCCUCGCGUGCACCCCUCGCGUGCACCACUCGGGUGCACCCCUCGCGUGCACCCCUCGCGUGCACCCCUCGCGUGCACCCCUCUCGUGCACCCCUCGCGUGCACCCCUCGCGUGCUCCCCUCGCGUGCACCCUCGCGUGCACCCCUCGCGUGCACCCCUCGCGUGCACCCCUCGCGUGCAGCCCUCGCGUGCACCCCUCGCGUGCACCCCUCGCGUGCACCCCUCGCGUGCACCCCUCUCGUGCACCCCUCUCGUGCACCCCUCGCGUGCACCCCUCGCGUGCACCCCUCGCGUGCACCCCCGCGUGCACCCCUCCUGUGCACCCCUCCUGUGCACCCCUCCUGUGCACCCCUCGCGUGCACCCCUCGCGUGCACCCCUCGCGUGCACCCCUCGCGUGCACCCCUCGCGUGCACCCCUCGCGUGCACCCCUCGCGUGCACCCCUCGCGUGCACCCCUCGCGUGCACUCCUCGCGUGCACCCCUCGCGUGCACCCCUCUCGUGCACCCCUCGCGUGCACCCUCGCGUGCACCCCUCGCGUGCACCCCUCGCGUGCAACCCUCGCGUGCACCGCUCGCGUGCACCCCUCGCGUGCACCCCUCGCGUGCACCCCUUGCGUGCACCCCUCGCGUGCACCCUCGCGUGCACCCUCGCGUGCACCCCUCGCGUGCACCACUCGGGUGCACCCCUCGCGUGCAACCCUCGCGUGCAACCCUCGCGUGCACCCCUCGCGUGCAACCCUCGCGUGCACCCCUCGCGUGCACCCCUCGCGUGCACCCCUCGCGUGCAACCCUCGCGUGCACCCCUCGCGUGCACCCCUCGCGUGCACCCCUCGCGUGCACCCCUCGCGUGCACCACUCGGGUGCACCCCUCGCGUGCACCCCUCGCGUGCACCCCUCUCGUGCACCCCUCGCGUGCACCCCUCGCGUGCUCCCCUCGCGUGCUCCCCUCGCGUGCACCCUUGGUGCACCCUCGCGUGCACCCCUCGCGUGCACCCCUCUCGUGCACCCCUCGCGUGCACCCCUCGCGUGCACCCCUCGCGUGCACCCCUCGCGUGCACCCCUCGCGUGCACCCCUCGCGUGCAACCCUCGCGUGCACCCCUGGCGUGCACCCCUCGCGUGCACCCCUCGCGUGCAACCCUCGCGUGCACCCCUCGCGUGCACCCCUCGCGUGCACCCCUCGCCUGCACCCCUCGCGUGCACCCCUCGCGUGCACCCCUCGCGUGCACCCCUCGCGUGCACCCCUCGCGUGCACCCCUCGCGUGCACCCCUCGCGUGCACCCCUCGCGUGCACCCCUCGCGUGCACCCCUCGCGUGCAACCCUCGCGUGCACCCCUCGCGUGCACCCCUCGCGUGCACCCCUCGCGUGCACCCCUCGCGUGCACCACUCGGGUGCACCCCUCGCGUGCACCCCUCGCGUGCACCCCUCUCGUGCACCCCUCGCGUGCACCCCUCGCGUGCUCCCCUCGCGUGCUCCCCUCGCGUGCACCCUUGGUGCACCCUCGCGUGCACCCCUCGCGUGCACCCCUCUCGUGCACCCCUCACGUGCACCCCUCGCGUGAACCCCUCGCGUGCACCCCUCGCGUGCACCCCUCGCGUGCACCCCUCGCGUGCACCCCUCGCGUGCACCCCUCGCGUGCACCCCUCGCGUGCACCCCUCGCGUGCACCCCUCGCGUGCACCCCUCGCGUGCACCCCUCGCGUGCACCCCUCGCGUGCACCCCUCGCGUGCACCCCUCGCGUGCACCCCUCGCGUGCACCCCUCGCGUGCACCCCUGGCGUGCACCCGUCGCGUGCACCCCUCGCGUGCACCCCUCGCGUGCACCCCUCGCGUGCACCCUCCCGUGCACCCCUCGCGUGCACCCCUCGCGUGCACCCCUCGCGUGCACCCCUCGCGUGCACCCCUCGCGUGCACCCCUCGCGUGCACCCCUCGCGUGCACCCCUCGCGUGCACCCCUCGCGUGCAACCCUCGCGUGCACCCCUCGCGUGCACCCCUCGCGUGCACCCCUCGCGUGCACCCCUCGCGUGCACCCCUCGCGUGCACCCCUCGCGUGCACCCCUCGCGUGCACCCCUCGCGUGCACCCCUCGCGUGCACCCCUCGCGUGCACCCCUCGCGUGCACCCCUCGCGUGCACCCCUCGCGUGCACCCCUCGCGUGCACCCCUCGCGUGCACCCCUCGCGUGCACCCCUCGCGUGCACCCCUCGCGUGCACCCCUCGCGUGCACCCCUCGCGUGCAACCCUCGCGUGCACCCCUCGCGUGCACCCCUCGCGUGCACCCCUCGCGUGCACCCCUCGCGUGCACCCCUCGCGUGCACCCCUCGCGUGCACCCCUCGCGUGCACCCCUCGCGUGCACCCCUCGCGUGCACCCCUCGCGUGCAGCCCUCGCGUGCACCCCUCGCGUGCACCCCUCGCGUGCACCCCUCGCGUGCAACCCUCGCGUGCACCCCUGGCGUGCACCCCUCGCGUGCACCCCUCGCGUGCAACCCUCGCGUGCACCCCUCGCGUGCACCCCUCGCGUGCACCCCUCGCGUGCACCCCUGGCGUGCACCCCUCGCGUGAACCCCUCUCGUGCACCGUCACGUGCAACCCCCCUCACGUGCACCCCUCGCGUGCACCCCUCGCGUGCACCCCUCGCGUGCACCCCUCGCGUGCACCCCUCGCGUGCACCCCUCGCGUGCACCCCUCGCGUGCACCCCUCGCGUGCACCCCUCGCGUGCACCCCUCGCGUGCACCCCUCGCGUGCACCCCUCGCGUGCACCCCUCGCGUGCACCCCUCGCGUGCACCCCUCGCGUGCACCCCUCGCGUGCAACCCUCGCGUGCACCCCUGGCGUGCACCCCUCGCGUGCACCCCUCGCGUGCAACCCUCGCGUGCACCCCUCGCGUGCACCCCUCGCGUGCACCCCUCGCCUGCACCCCUCGCGUGCACCCCUCGCGUGCACCCCUCGCGUGCACCCCUCGCGUGCACCCCUCGCGUGCACCCCUCGCGUGCACCCCUCGCGUGCACCCCUCGCGUGCACCCCUCGCGUGCACCCCUCGCGUGCACCCCUCGCGUGCACCCCUCGCGUGCACCCCUCUCGUGCACCCCUCGAGUGCACCCCUCGCCUGCACCCCUCACGUGCACCCCUCACGUGCACCCCUCGCGUGCACCCCUCGCGUGCACCCCUCGCGUGCACCCCUCGCGUGCAACCCUCGCCUGCACCCCUCGCGUGCACCCCUCGCGUGCAACCCUCGCGUGCACCCCUCGCGUGCACCCCUCGCGUGCACCCCUCGCGUGCACCCCUCGCGUGCACCCCUCGCGUGCACCCCUCGCGUGCACCCCUCGCGUGCACCCCUCGCGUGCACCCCUGGCGUGCACCCCUCGCGUGCACCCCUCGCGUGCAACCCUGGCGUGCACCCCUGGCGUGCACCCCUCGCGUGCACCCCUCGCGUGCAACCCUCGCGUGCACCCCUCGCGUGCACCCCUCGCGUGCACCCCUCGCGUGCACCCCUGGCGUGCACCCCUCGCGUGAACCCCUCUCGUGCACCCUCACGUGCAACCCCCCUCACGUGCACCCCUCGCGUGCACCCCUCGCGUGCACCCCUCGCGUGCACCCCUCGCGUGCACCCCUCGCGUGCACCCCUCGCGUGCAACCCUCGCGUGCAACCCUCGCGUGCACCCCUGGCGUGCACCCCUCGCGUGCACCCCUCGCGUGCAACCCUCGCGUGCACCCCUCGCGUGCACCCCUCGCGUGCACCCCUCGCCUGCACCCCUCGCGUGCACCCCUCGCGUGCACCCCUCGCGUGCACCCCUCGCGUGCACCCCUCGCGUGCACCCCUCGCGUGCACCCCUCGCGUGCACCCCUCGCGUGCACCCCUCGCGUGCACCCCUCGCGUGCACCCCUCGCGUGCACCCCUCUCGUGCACCCCUCGAGUGCACCCCUCGCCUGCACCCCUCACGUGCACCCCUCACGUGCACCCCUCGCGUGCACCCCUCGCGUGCACCCCUCGCGUGCACCCCUCGCGUGCAACCCUCGCCUGCACCCCUCGCGUGCACCCCUCGCGUCCAACCCUCGCGUGCACCCCUCGCGUGCACCCCUCGCGUGCACCCCUCGCGUGCACCCCUCGCGUGCACCCCUCGCGUGCACCCCUCGCGUCCAACCCUCGCGUGCACCCGUCGCUUGCACCCCUCGCGUGCACCCUUCGCGUGCACCCCUCGCGUGCACCCGUCGCGUGCACCCCUCGCGUGCACCCCUCGCGUGCAACCCUCGCGUGCACCCCUCGUGUGCACCCCUCGCGUGCACCCCUCGCGUUCGCGUGCACCCCUCGCGUGCACCCCUCGCGUGCACCCCUCGCGUGCACCCCUUGCGUGCACCCCUCGCGUGCACCCCUCGCGUGCAGCCCUCGCGUGCACCCCUCGCGUGCACCCCUCGAGUGCACCCCUCGCCUGCACCCCUCGCGUGCACCCCUCGCGUGCACCCCUCGCGUGCACCCCUCGCGUGCACCCCUCGCGUGCACCCCUCGCGUGCACCCCUCGCGUGCACCCCUCGCGUGCACCCCUCGCGUGCAACCCUCGCGUGCACCCCUCGCGUGCACCCCUCGCGUGCACCCCUCGCGUGCAACCCUCGCGUGCACCCCUCGCGUGCACCCCUCGCGUGCACCCCUCGCGUGCAGCCCUCGCGUGCACCCCUCGCGUGCACCCCUCGCGUGCACCCCUCGCGUGCACCCCUCGCGUGCACCCCUCGCGUGCACCCCUCGCGUGCACCCCUCGCGUGCACCCCUCGCGUGCACCCCUCGCGUGCACCCCUCGCGUGCACCCUCGCGUGCACCCUCCCGUGCACCCUCCCGUGCACCCCUCGCGUGCACCCCUCGCGUGCACCCCUCGCGUGCACCCCUCGCGUGCACCCUCCCGUGCACCCCUCGCGUGCACCCCUCGCAUGCACCCCUCGCGUGCACCCCUCGCGUUCACCCCUCGCGUGCACCCCUCGCGUGCACCCCUCGCGUGCACCCCUCGCGUGCAACCCUCGCCUGCACCCCUCGCGUGCACCCCUCGCGUCCAACCCUCGCGUGCACCCCUCGCGUGCACCCCUCGCGUGCACCCCUCGCGUGCACCCCUCGCGUGCACCCCUCGCGUGCACCCCUCGCGUGCACCCCUCGCGUGCACCUCUCGCGUGCACCCCUCGCGUGCACCCCUCGAGUGCACCCCUCGCCUGCACCCCUCGCCUGCACCCCUCGCGUGCACCCCUCGCGUGCACCCCUCGCGUGCACCCCUCGCGUGCACCCCUCGCGUGCACCCCUCGCGUGCACCCCUCGCGUGCACCCCUCGCGUGCAACCCUCGCGUGCACCCCUCGCGUGCACCCCUCGCGUGCACCCCUCGCGUGCACCCCUCGCGUGCACCCCUCGCGUGCACCCCUCGCGUGCACCCCUCGCGUGCACCCCUCGCGUGCACCCUCGCGUGCACCCUCCCGUGCACCCUCCCGUGCACCCCUCGCGUGCACCCCUCGCGUGCACCGCUCGCGUGCACCCCUCGCGUGCACCCCUCGCGUGCACCCCUCGCGUGCACCCGCCCGUGCACCCCUCGCGUGCACCCCUCGCGUGCACCCCUCGCGUUCGCGUGCACCCCUUGCGUGCACCCCUCGCGUGCACCCCUCGCGUGCACCCCUCGCGUGCACCCCUCGCGUGCACCCCUCGCCUGCACCCCUCGCGUGCACCCCUCGCGUGCACCCCUCGCGUGCACCCCUCGCGUGCACCCGCGUGCACCCCUCGCGUGCACCCCUCGCGUGCACCCCUCGCGUGCACCCCUCGCGUGCACCCCUCGCGUGCACCCCUCGCGUGCACCCCUCGCGUGCACCCCUCUCGUGCACCCCUCGAGUGCACCCCUCGCCUGCACCCCUCACGUGCACCCCUCACGUGCACCCCUCGCGUGCACCCCUCGCGUGCACCCCUCGCGUGCACCCCUCGCGUGCAACCCUCGCCUGCACCCCUCGCGUGCACCCCUCGCGUCCAACCCUCGCGUGCACCCCUCGCGUGCACCCCUCGCGUGCACCCCUCGCGUGCACCCCUCGCGUGCACCCCUCGCGUGCACCCCUCGCGUCCAACCCUCGCGUGCACCCGUCGCUUGCACCCCUCGCGUGCACCCUUCGCGUGCACCCCUCGCGUGCACCCGUCGCGUGCACCCCUCGCGUGCACCCCUCGCGUGCAACCCUCGCGUGCACCCCUCCCCUCGCGUGCACCCCUCGCGUGCACCCCUCGAGUGCACCCCUCGCCUGCACCCCUCGCGUGCACCCCUCGCGUGCACCCCUCGCGUGCACCCCUCGCGUGCACCCCUCGCGUGCACCCCUCGCGUGCACCCCUCGCGUGCACCCCUCGCGUGCACCCUUCGCGUGCAACCCUCGCGUGCACCCCUCGCGUGCACCCCUCGCGUGCACCCCUCGCGUGCAACCCUCGCGUGCACCCCUCGCGUGCACCCCUCGCGUGCACCCCUCGCGUGCAGCCCUCGCGUGCACCCCUCGCGUGCACCCCUCGCGUGCACCCCUCGCGUGCACCCCUCGCGUGCACCCCUCGCGUGCACCCCUCGCGUGCACCCCUCGCGUGCACCCCUCGCGUGCACCCCUCGCGUGCACCCUCGCGUGCACCCUCCCGUGCACCCUCCCGUGCACCCCUCGCGUGCACCCCUCGCGUGCACCCCUCACGUGCACCCCUCGCGUGCACCCUCCCGUGCACCCCUCGCGUGCACCCCUCGCGUGCACCCCUCGCAUGCACCCCUCGCGUUCACCCCUCGCGUGCACCCCUCGCGUGCACCCCUCGCGUGCACCCCUCGCGUGCAACCCUCGCCUGCACCCCUCGCGUGCACCCCUCGCGUCCAACCCUCGCGUGCACCCCUCGCGUGCACCCCUCGCGUGCACCCCUCGCGUGCACCCCUCGCGUGCACCCCUCGCGUGCACCCCUCGCGUGCACCCCUCGCGUGCACCUCUCGCGUGCACCCCUCGCGUGCACCCCUCGAGUGCACCCCUCGCCUGCACCCCUCGCCUGCACCCCUCGCGUGCACCCCUCGCGUGCACCCCUCGCGUGCACCCCUCGCGUGCACCCCUCGCGUGCACCCCUCGCGUGCACCCCUCGCGUGCACCCCUCGCGUGCAACCCUCGCGUGCACCCCUCGCGUGCACCCCUCGCGUGCACCCCUCGCGUGCACCCCUCGCGUGCACCCCUCGCGUGCACCCCUCGCGUGCACCCCUCGCGUGCACCCCUCGCGUGCACCCCUCGCGUGCACCCUCCCGUGCACCCCUCGCGUGCACCCCUCGCGUGCACCGCUCGCGUGCACCCCUCGCGUGCACCCCUCGCGUGCACCCCUCGCGUGCACCCGCCCGUGCACCCCUCGCGUGCACCCCUCGCGUGCACCCCUCGCGUUCGCGUGCACCCCUCGCGUGCACCCCUCGCGUGCACCCCUCGCGUGCACCCCUCGCGUGCACCCCUCGCGUGCACCCUUCGCGUGCACCCCUCGCCAACGCAGUGGUGGUCGCGACGAGAGCAGACCACGAGCGACUUGGAGCACGGGCAGCAGCAGGGCGCUGCUUGGGGUAA